UACGCAGCGGAUACAGUACAAUCUAUGCAUGCAAAUUUUUCUCUGCGAUUGCUUUCGAACGCACUGGGUGAUGAACAGAAUCAGCAUGCCCUGGUACUAUCACCCUUAUCACUAGCGACAACGAUAUCACUGGCUAGUGCCACAUCGGGCGGCAUUACCAAAGCACAAAUGAAUGAUGUCCUUGCUAAGGGAUUCGGUGAUGGCACAAUUCAGGAUUACUAUUUAUCGCUUAAAAACGCGUCCACGUUAGAGAGUAAUGGUACUGCAGUGGUGCCUAGCACAUUGAUGGUACUUCAUGUGUGCAACGAAAAUGGAGUAAACAAUGCACUACUUGAUAUUUUGAACAGCUAUAUGGUUGAUGUACAGCAGUUCGACUGCAACAACCAAACAGCCACUGUAUCGUUUAUCAAUGAUUGGGUUAUGAAUCGAACUAAAUCUGAAAGUGAACUGUUUACACGAAACGUGUACAGUACGGAUUGGCGCUUGGUACUCAUCGAUACAUUUUAUUUCAACGCUGUCUGGCAACAUCAAUUUGAUUUGGGAAGAACUAUGCUUAAACAGUUCUAUUGUGAUGAAAAUACGGCCAAAGAGUUUAUCAAUGAUUGGGUUAUGAAUCGAACUAAAUCUGGAAGUGAACUGUUUACACGAAACGUGUACAGUACGGAUUGGCGCCUGGUGCUCAUCGAUACAUUUUAUUUCAAUGCGGCCUGGCAACAUCAAUUUGAUUUCGGAAGAACCAUGCUUAAACAGUUCUAUUGUGAUGAAAAUACGGCCAAAGAGGACGCGGAUGUCCAGGUGCUCGGUCUUCCCUAUAGAGAAGACUCUGGCCUCUAUCUCUACAUAUUACUACCACGUGUCAGAUUCGGGCUUAACAAAGUGGAACGUGAAAUGACCGGGCGACGUCUUUUUUACCUAUUCGCCAGGAGUAAAGUUGUGGAUGUCGAGGUUGAAAUACCAAAAUUUUCGAUUGAAAAUCAUUUUGAGCUCAAUCUACCAUUAGCAAGCCUUGGGAUUGUGGAAGCGUUCACAAGCAGAGCUGAGUUUCCUGCAAUUUCAAUUCAAAGGAUACAUGUCUCAAUGAUCAUACAUAAAACACAGUUUGAGGUAAUAAAUUUUGUAUAA